GGCCCGCCCCCUGACGUCGCGCACUGGGGAGGCCUGAAGGUUUCUGGCGGCGCCGGCGCCAUUUUGCUGGGGCCUGCGACCGAGUGGGAGUGGAGUGGAGUGGCCGUUGUUGCCGACUCUCUUCUCCUCCCCACGGUCCAGUCAGCGGGUUGAUCAGGCCAUCGGCCCUCGAGCCGAGACUGUCUCUUAUUUAGUUCUGGGGGAGUGCCUGGCCGACAUGAGUGAUAUAGAGGAGAACAACUUCGAGGGCAGAGAGUCUCGCUCUCAGUCAAAAUCUCCAACGGGAACUCCUGCUCGUGUAAAAUCGGAGAGCAGGUCAGGAUCUCGUAGUCCAUCAAGGGUUUCCAAACACUCUGAAUCCCAUUCUCGAUCAAGAUCAAAAUCCAGGUCAAGGUCAAGGAGGCAUUCUCAUAGACGUUACACUCGAUCCAGAUCCCACUCUCACUCUCACAGGAGACGAUCUCGAAGUAGGUCAUAUACACCAGAAUACCGGCGACGAAGAAGCCGAAGUCAUUCUCCAAUGUCUAACCGGAGAAGACAUACAGGCAGCAGGGCAAAUCCAGAUCCCAACACUUGUCUUGGAGUGUUUGGCCUCAGUUUGUAUACAACAGAGAGAGAUCUUCGUGAAGUAUUUUCUCGAUAUGGACCAUUGAGUGGUGUCAAUGUGGUUUAUGAUCAGCGAACUGGGAGAUCUCGAGGAUUUGCUUUUGUGUACUUUGAGAGAAUAGAUGAUUCAAAAGAGCAUAUUAUGGGGGUACAGAUGUUUAGGUUGCGUAUGUUGCCCUUGCACCCCCCAAAAGUCCAAGUUUCAAGCGUGUCCAUCCCCCAGAUGGUACGCUUUGCACUCUUUCUUAGUGGUGGCGGUGGUGGUGGUGGAGGUGGCGGCGGAGGUGGAGGUGGCGGCAGACGUCGAGAUUCUUACUAUGAUAGAGGAUAUGAUCGUGGGUAUGACAGAUAUGAAGACUAUGAUUACCGGUACAGAAGAAGAUCACCUUCUCCUUAUUAUAGUCGUUACAGAUCACGAUCAAGAUCUCGUUCCUACAGUCCAAGACGCUAUUGAUAAUGGAAUGGUUGCAGUUGGGAACAUUUUUUUCUCUUUAUUUUCUUUUUUCUUUCUCUUUUUUUCUGUAAUUCUGGAUUUCCCCACGCUUCUGAUCCUUCCUACUCCUUAAAAAAAAAAAACCUUUAAAAAACUCUGUGGUUUAUUCAGCAUCUACACUUUUGUCAAUUGUGUUGUUUUCCACCCUUUUAUUGUACUCUUAAAGAUGUAAUUGUUGUCAUUUGAGUAGUUAAACAUCUUGAGUAAAAAAGGAACCCCAGUGUUACGCUUUGUAAAUGAUUUUUCUUUGCUUUCACAGAAGAUAAACUCAUAGCUAAUCACAUGAGGAAAGAAAUGAUCUUUUAAAAGCUUCUUUUGUGUUAGAUACUGUAUUAGAGAUCUGCAUUUGUGACGAGCUCCCUUUUUUUUUAACUUUCUUUCGGGGAAAAUAUUAAUAGUAACACUUGAAGUAGUUCAGUCAUGUCAGGUUUGCCAUGGAGCAGUCAAAUAGUUGAGUUUAGAAAGUUUGAAGCUGUAGAAGAAAACACUUGCCUAUUUGGAAGUACAGAAUUUUUGAACCUUAAAAAUUAAGUCAUUUUUAGAGAUGAAAAGCUCGUGGACUCCUACAAAACAUGUAUUUGAAAUACAUCUGUCAAACCUUAAAAACUUAAAGUGUGAUUUUUGUGUUAAACUUACUGAAGUUUAAGUAUUCCCUUGAUCAGUGAAGGACAACCCUUAUUUAUUACCUAGAGCAAUUGUAUAAUUUGCUGUUAGAAAUUUUGGUACCGGGACAAUGAUUAAGCAGGUUAUUAUUGUAUAGUAGAGAGUCCUUAGAAGAUACA